AUAAUGAGUUGGCGUGCAUUUUCUAGUAUAUAAAAGGAUGACUAUAUAAAUGGGGGAAAAGGAAUUGUUUGUUAGUGGAGAGUGAGAGGGAUCCCAGGAGCGUUGGAGAGGUUGAGAAUUGAGAUUGAUUUUUGGUGUUGAAAGAGUGUGAUGGGUGUCCUAGUCUGCAGCCUCUUCUCUCACUGAAAUCUCAACUUUAGCGAUUGUAGGGUGCCCAUUCCCUCCUUUCUAAGGGCGGUUGCAAUGCCAACUUAGUUCUCACUCUUGGUUUGGCCUUUCUGAGUAAAGGGUUUUUGCUGGGUUCAACUCUGCGCUUCUUUCCAUUGCAACUUCUUGCUGGCGUGAAAGUCGGAACUGAUGGCAGACGUAGCUAAGGACCUAACUGCUGGGACUGUUGGAGGGGCAGCACAGUUGAUUGUGGGUCACCCUUUUGAUACCAUUAAGGUCAAGCUUCAAAGCCAGCCUCCUCCACUCCCUGGCCAACCCCCCAAGUUCUCUGGUGCAAUGGAUGCUGUCAGGCAGACAGUAGCAGCAGAAGGCCCAAGGGGUUUGUACAAAGGUAUGGGGGCACCUCUUGCCACUGUAGCAGCCUUCAAUGCUGUACUCUUCUCAGUGAGGGGCCAAAUGGAGGCAUUACUGAGGUCUCAACCUGGUGCCCCACUUACAGUCAACCAGCAGAUCGUUGCUGGGGCUGGGGCUGGAGUUGCUGUUUCCUUUCUUGCUUGCCCAACUGAAUUGAUCAAGUGCAGGCUUCAAGCUCAGAGUGCACUGGCAAGUUCUGGUUCACCUGGAGUGGCAGUGAAGUAUGGAGGGCCAAUGGAUGUGGCGAGGCAUGUUAUCAAAUCAGAAGGUGGUGUGAGGGGUCUUUUCAAGGGUUUGGUGCCAACUAUGGCACGUGAAAUACCUGGAAACGCUGCAAUGUUUGGUGUCUAUGAAGCACUGAAGCAAUAUCUUGCAGGUGGCCCAGACACAUCUGGGUUGGGAAGAGGCUCUUUGAUUUUGGCUGGAGGCCUGGCUGGAGCUUCCUUCUGGGCUUCUGUCUACCCAACCGAUGUGGUCAAGAGUGUAAUUCAGGUGGAUGAUUAUAAAAAUCCAAAGUUCUCUGGCUCAAUUGACGCCUUCAGGAAAACCUUGGCUUCAGAGGGAGUCAAAGGCCUGUACAAGGGGUUCGGACCUGCCAUGGCUCGAAGUGUGCCAGCAAAUGCAGCAUGCUUCUUGGCAUAUGAGGUGACAAGAUCAAGUUUAGGAUGAUUAUCUGCCAACUGGCCAAGAUAUGAAUGAACUGAGUCCAUUUGAAUAAAUCUUAGCCAUCAAUUACUUAUCAUUUAUCUUGAUGCCAUUUUUGGGCCAUUAAAUGAAGUCUGUUAUCAAAAAAUGUCAAUCCAACUUUGGCCA